CAACAGCCAAAUCUCUACUCAACAAAACAAAGUUCUAGUCUUCGACAUCUUACACCAAUGAUGAUCAUUAGACGCCCUUCUCCCCUGAAACUUUGACAUCAAUCGCCUUGCAUUGCAAAAGGGCAAGAUUCCAGCAGCCUUAGUCUAAACCAUGGCCCUUGUAGUAUAUUGGUAUGAUUUCAUUUGUUUUGGCAUUGUGGUGGCGGCCUUCAUUGGGUCCUUAUGGGUGCUAUGGAGAAAGGAAGCUGCGUCUAGAUGCGAGGACAACAGCGUAUACGAGAGUCUGUUAGCGGCCCGACCGGAUUCUGAUGGGUUCGUUCGUGCCACACCAAGGGCUCAUGUUGGCUCCAACCAGCUAUGGACCAGUUGUUGGAAAGGGGUGCACCCAGGAUGGCUAGUGUUGACUCGUUUUGUUUCACUUGCAGUCAUGGCCGGAUUCUUGUCGUGGGACAUAGUCGAAUGGGAUGCAACCAUCUUCGUUUACUACACUGAGUGGACAUUUGCAUUGGUUUUGGUCUAUUUUGCGCUGGGGACUGUCAUAUCUGCUUAUGGAUGUUGGGUGUGCUUAAGUACCCCUCUUCCUGAAAAUGGUGCAAGGGAUGAAUUUCUGAAAAGAGAUUUCGAAGAGGGUACGACUGCAAACUCUGUAAAUUAUCAGGAAAAAGAUGUCAGGGGUAAAAUCAAGUUGCAGAGUCACUAUGCUCAGGAGGAGUUUCAACAAAGGGCAGGGUUUUGGGGAUUUCUUAUGCAAACUAUAUAUCAGACUUGUGGAGGUGCUGUCAUCCUGACAGACAUCGUAUUUUGGUGUAUUAUUGUUCCAUUUUUAUCAAACUCACACCUUGGACUGAACAUGUUAAUGGGCUGCAUGCACACUUUGAACGCUGUUUUUCUUAUAUUAGAUACCGUUCUCAAUAGCCUUCCAUUUCCUUGGUUCCGGCUUGCAUAUUUUGUUCAGUGGAGCUGUUUGUAUGUUGUUUUCCAGUGGGUCCUUCAUGCCUGCGGUUUUACAUGGUGGCCAUAUCCUUUCCUCGAGCUUGAUACCCCAUGGGCUCCUUUAUGGUACUUCGCCCUGGCUGUGGUUCACAUCCCCUGCUAUGGGAUAUAUGCACUGAUUGUAAAAGCCAAAAAUUCGAUCCUCCCAAGAUUGUUCCCUCAUGUUUUUGUGAGGUCGUACUCGUACUAGUUUCUUUCUUUAUUUAUUUCAAAUCCACUGCUUUUGGAUGUGGUAAUCUGUUUUGAUUGUAUGCUUGUGUAUAUGAAGACGGGGGUUUUGCUUCCAUUCCCUCCACAGAUUGUGGUUUAUACACCUUUUGUUACAUAAUUUUAACACUUGGACAAGUACUGCAGCAUUCCUACCAAAAUCAAAUUAUAUACCCCUUAUUUUUUUGGGCUUA